UAACCGCAUGCAUGCCAGAUGACCUCAUACAAUCCCGAGUCCCAGACACUGAGCUCACAUGCGCCAGAUUCACCGCGCUCUUCCCAAUCACCCCCACCUUCUGGUGUCCAAGGUGAUUUGGAAUUAGAACUUCUUGGGCUCGCCAACGCUUUAUACAACCUUGGAACCACUGUCAUCAACGACUCCACUAAAGAUCGUGAUAGGCCAGGUGGCGCAAAACUGGUAGGCCUUGGGGCAAACGAGGUCGUCAAUCACCUUACGUCCAUCGAUAACAAAGCACAGGACAUUCGGACCAUGAUACCUUUUCAAGUUUUGUCUGAUAUCGACAACGCACGCAACCCCAUGCAGUUGACCAAAGAACGGCUAGAAAGAGCAGCUACUGAGAAUCAAUUCAUGAACGGAAAGAUAGCAGCUAUUGACGUAAGUACCUCCCUGUUUUGUUCUACCCUUGUUAAUACACUUCUCUUGUAGUCCUACCGCAAGCUUCUGAACGA